AUGACCGAUGAAGUAAGUCGUAAACGCUUAGUCGAUGAAUUUACAAUACAAUUGGAUGUAUAUAUUAUUCAAACAGUGAACCAAGCUCGUGCUGAAUUCACUUCGAACACUGAGAGAAGUUGCUACCCACCAGAUAUUAAACAAAAAGUUGCAAAGUGUAUGGAACCUCGUAUUAGAUGUACGCAGCAUUUAUUGAAAGAAGAAUUUCACGAACGUUUACACAAAGCACUACAGAAAGCUCGAAUCAGUGUUGUUCACAGAAAAUUGAUGGAUGCUGCACAAGAACAGUUUAAUCUGAACAAAACUCUAGGAAUGGACGAAUUACAAAAUUGUCAGAGUAAAUUUUUUGAGGAUGUCCUAAAACAGCAUCGUCAAGACCUUACGUCAUCUCUGUCGACCGAAAACGAUAUAACAAACAAAAUUCUAAACUUUUAUAACUCGGAGCUCAUGAGUAAAGGAGCGAAUCGAACGCAAGAAACUGUUUAUAAUCUGUUAGAACCGUUAACUAGUGAUCUUUACCGAGGAUACUAUCAGAAACUUCAUUAUUGUUGGCUUCAACGAGAAAAGCUAGAGAAACCAUCAGAACCGUCCGGUAAUAUUUUUAGAAAAGUAUUGCCACCUUAUUCAAUCUGUACAAAAGACGCUAACAUAUUAUGGACUGAUUUGAAAGACAAGAUCGAAUGGUUUAGUUCUAGAAAAUCAGAAUCGAAGAACAUGAAAAUAUUCGUACAUAUAUGGCAACGUUUGAUAAUGACAUUAGAAGAACAGAUUCUUAAUUUAAUUAAUAAUACGCAAUUAUCUGCAUCACAUAUUAACAGUUCAGACACUUUUUACAUACAUUGA